AAGGCAACUUGCGUGAAACUGACUCUCGGCUAGAAGAGUGACGUCCUCCUUGUCCGAAGAUUAUUCCCCGGGAGAAGAUGGCCCAGCACCGCCUAGGGAUUUUGCUCCUUUGCCUGCAAACCUGUCUGGAAGUAUCUGGAAGCAACACAGACAUCAUCACAGUGAAUGGGAUUCUGGGAGAGUCGGUUACUUUCCCCUUAAAUAUCCAAGGAUCACAGCAAGUUAACAGCAUUGCUUGGACUUCCAAAUCAUCAGUUGCUUCUAUAAUACCAGGAAAUUCCGGAACACCACCCAUAAUUACUGUUACCCACCAAGAUUAUUAUGAACGAAUAAAUGUCUCAGGUCAGAACUAUAACCUGGAGAUCAGGAAUCUGAGGAUGGAAGAUGCAGGGACCUACAAAGCCGACAUAAGUUUAAAGACCUCUGAAAAGAAGAUCACCACCACCACCAAGCACUUCAACCUUCAAGUCUAUCGUCGGCUUGGGAAGCCAAAAAUUACUCAGAGUUUAAUGACAUCGAUGAACAACACCUGUAAUGUCACACUGACAUGCUCUGUGGAAAAAGAAGAAAAAAAUGUGACAUAUACUUGGAGUCCCCUGGGGGAAGAGGGUAAUGUCCUUCAAAUCUUCAGGACCCCUGUCAACCAAGAGCUGACUUACACGUGUACAGUCUGGAACCCUGUCAGCAAUAAUUCUGACUCCAUCUCUGCCCGGCAGCUCUGUACAGAUGUUGCAAUGGGCCUCCAUACUCGCCGCACUGGGCUGCUGAGUGGGCUGGCUGUGCUCUCUCUGUUUAUGCUCAUUCUACCUGCAGUGCUUCUGUUCCUUUUCUGCAAAAGAAGACAAGGUUCCUACUCCAAGACCUUCAGUAAGAACCCUGAUGCUGUCUCAAAGAACACAAUAUACACAUAUAUUACAGCUUCAAGAAACACCCAGCAAGCAGAGUCCAGAAUCUAUGAUGAAAUCCCCCAGUCCAAGGUGUUCCCUGCCAAGGAGGAGCCAGUGAACACAAUUUAUUCCGUAGUGCAGUGCUCUGAUAAGGAGAAAAUCAGCACACAGGACAGCAAACCUCCUGGGACUUCAAGUUAUGAAAUUGUAAUCUAAGCUCCCAGCCAACAUUCUCCCUGUGGAAACUGAGCUACAACCACAGACGUUGGCAGAUGCCCCAGACCCAGAUUUUCUCUGCCCAGUGCUUACCUGGAGAUUGUAAAUCACCACAUCACAAAAUGUAGGCAAAGCGGGAAACUCUCUGCCACUAGGCAUAGUUUGUGCCUAGAUAGACAAAUGGACACGUGCCCUUUCUGAAAUGGCUCCCUUCUGGAUGAAUGACAAGGCAAGUCCCCAGGCACAGUGCUUCUCAACCUUCUUCACAUCAUAGGACAUGGAUAAAAUAAUAUUUUUAUGGCACAAUGGGGUAAACAAUCAAGAUUGCUCACGUCUGAGGUUGCAUACGGCUAGAGGCUUCUCGUGACUAGAGGUGAUGACCCUUACCAGCAACCCCAUAUAUGGAGAAGAUCAAUAUUUUGCACACCUGUAAUAUGCCAUGGCACACCAUCUAGGAUGCUCGGCUUACACUCAAUACAUGUGAGGAGCCCUGGCACACAACCUCACCAGUCCACACAGCACCUUGGGCAAAUUAGACAAAGGCACCCUUUUCCUCGUGCAGAUGGAGCCCCUCACCCAAUCACAUGACUUGGAGAGUAGAGUGUAGGCUGCAUUUCAGCCUCUACUUGCCCCUUUGCAUGGGAACCUUUGUGCAGGGUACCACUGGCUGGACUAGCCCAACCACACAUGACAGUGUCACCUGGGAAGCCAUCAGAGUUGUGUCUCUCAGCUGUGUAGACACACUCUCCAAAUGCACAGUUGCAAAAUGCUCUUUCUGUAAGGACUAGACUGCUGGGGCAUUUUUAUUCAAGCUCUACUUCAGAAGCCUCGUACGAUUUUCCUCCUGGCCAACCUUUCCUUCAGUAUCACUCUCUGAUGGUAAAUUUUAUGUGUCAACUUGACUGGGCCAUGAGGUGCACAGAUAUUUGGUUAAACAUUAUUCAGGGUGUAUCUGUGAAGGUGUUUCUGGAAGAGAUUAACAUCUGAACUAGUAGACUGAGUAAAGCAGAUUAAUCCCCCACUCCAAAGGGAGUGGCCAUCACUAAAUCCAUUGAAAGUCUGGGUAGAAAUAAAGGCAGAGUAAGGGAGAAUUCCUUCUCUCUCUCUGUCUGACUGUCUUUGAGCUGGAACAUAGGUCUUCUCCUACCUUAGGACUCGGACGUGGACUGAAACUUACAGCAUCAGCUCUCCUGGUUUUCAGGCCUUUUGGACUAGACUGAAACUAUACCAUCACCUCUCCAGCUUGCCGACUACAAGAUCUUGGGAUUUCUCAGUCUCCAUAACCACGUGAACCAAUUCCUUAUAUUAUAUAUAUUUGCUAUUGGUCCUGUUUCUCUGCAGAACCAGACUAAUACAGAUUCCAAGCAGCCUCAGCAAGAAGACGAAGCCAUACACAGCACCUCCAUUCUCCAAAAGGAAUUAACCAGUUAUAUUUUCGGCACUUUAGGGGAACUGAGUGUAACCCAACCAUCAAAACAAGAGACCUUGAAGGAAGCAGAGGCACUCUCAGAGGGAACUUGGGAGAUGAUGGUGUAGAUGAUAAAAGUGGCUUCACCCCAGUUCCUUAGGCUUAACCCAGAGAGUCGCGCAGUUCAAGUGAGCUUAGAUGCCCCUCCCUGUCCCCCUGCCAGCACUGAGGAGGAAUCAUGCACAGCUGAGCAGAAGAUUUAAGUGAGCAUUUGAAGAACUGUUUCCCUGAUAGUUUAGCAAAUGUAACCAGCUAAAUCCUAAAUCCAUGAAUAAUCACAGACUGGACAGCAGAAAUAAACUCUAUUUAAGUAGAAUGAAGGUGCUAGUCUCAGAACCAUCUAUUCCCGACUACCAUUAGCACUUUUUUGGGCGCUGCAAGGUCCCCAAAGUAUAAGAUGAGCAUCAUGUCUGCUCUAGGCUAGCUGAGGAACCAAUUCCAACACAGACACUACAUUUAAAUCCUGAACUAUAUGCUGCAAGGAGUGGCAUGAGCUAGUGCAGUCAGAAAAGACCUUACGGAGAAGGCAGGGCUGAAGCUAGGCCUUGAAGGAUGGAUGAGAUUUGACAGAGAAUGAACAAGGAGACAGAGGGCAUCCAAGUGAGUAAAGCAUGAAAAAAAGCAGAAGCCUGGAUCUGGGUGGUGUAUUUGGGGCAGCUACUCAUACACCAUGCAUGUUCACAGUCCCUUCCCAAUGUGCGACACAGUGCUUCAGCUGAGCGCCCUCUCUCCCUGUCCAUUUACACAUCUUUCAACGUCCAGCUCAGAUGUCACCUCCUCUAUGAAGCUUUCCCUAGUAUCACUAGUCAAAUUAAUUAUGGUUCUUUUUGUACUCCUUUUUUUUCCUUUGGUAUUUCUAUCCCUAUAAGUCAUUUCAUUCUGCCUUCCAGAGUAGAUAAUUAUUUGUUUCCCUCUACACUGUACAUUACUUAGGGGCAAGAUCCAUGACUUCACGAUCACGAAGAGGUAGUCAUGAGAGGAUGCACCUCUGUAUCCACCACCAGCCAACACAAUGCCUUGUAACCUGCUUAUGAGCAAUUGAAUAGACUAGAAUUGAAAGGGACCAGCCAGCUCGAACAGAAGGUACAUGUUGGAAGUAUUGCUAGAUAGAAGCCAAUAAGCAUAGUGGAAUCAAAUUAUGGCAAGCAUCCAGGAUGCAGACGUCAGAGGCUAUUCCCAGCGUAAGGGCAUUUUGGAGGGAGAAGACUUUCAGAAUUAGACAGACCAACUAAGACGUCACCUGAAGCAAUGAGCCAGGUGUGAGGAGGUUGAAAGGCAGUCACCCCAGGGAAGGACAUGAAGGAAGAAAUAAAGAACCUUUGUCAUAAGAGAUGGAGAAGUUCCACAGUGACACUAAACACACUGGAUUUCUCCUAAUAUAAAAGCGCUCCUCACCUUUACGUGGGUAGAGGGAUCACUCCUGAACAUCCUCGUUCUCUAACCCGUCCCUGCCUUUCCCUGAUGUGCUCACUCAGUGAAAUCCUAGUGUCCUAAUACCCCAGUAGAAAGUUGAGAGGCAGAGGAGAAGGAAAAAGAAAGAAAGAAAAGAAUCCGAGGGAAGAGUUCUCCAGGUCUUCCAGGAGAACAAACCUGGGAUGGAACAAGCACACAGGAAUUCUUAAAGUGGCUUUGGGACUCAGGACCACUGUGCCCUUGUCUCUCACUCUUUCUUCUCUAUGAAUCUUCUGAUUUGUGAAGAUGUAACCUACUCACCCCAUGCCCUAGGGCUCAGCUCUUAGAUUCCCCUUCAGUAAAAUGAGAGUGAUCCUGUUUUCCCCUUCACAGCUUUCCAGACAAACUACAUUGUGACCAACAGCUCUAUAAAAUCUAAGUAUUCUUUCAAUGGAAUAGGAGCUUGAAUCAGACCAAGAUGUGCCAGUUUUUUAAAAUACACAUUGAAACUGAAAUCUUAGGGGGCAGGGCUCUCUGAUAAGCAAGGGCAGUCCCUCUGCAUGCAAGUCAGUGUGGACUCCACCAGGGAACUGAGAAAAUGAGAAAUGUUGCAGCUAAUGUCUCUCAGGAAAAGAAAGUGAAGCUGAUUUCAAAUGUGAUUUUUAAAAAGCUACAGAACACUCUGAACUACAGCCCACAAGAGAAGAGCUUGGCUGGGCCAUCUCCGGAAACUGGGCAUAGGGAGGAAGGAGGCGGACUGGUCCAGGCUGGGUCAACAGACAGCGCUUCUUAGGCUGCAUCUGGAAAAAAGAAACAGCCUGGCUGUCUCACCCCCCAGAUUCAGUACUUUUCUGCUGUUUGACUUUUCCCUAAAUUUCUCUUAAUUUGUGCAAUUUUCUCAAGUAUAAUUAGUGACAGUCUCUGCUGGCUGUAAAAUGAAGCUCGAAGAAGGAGACAAUAGAAGAAGUGUAAUGAGUGGUCGCAAAUGCGGGCUCUGAUGCUAGAAUGCCUGGAUCUGAAUCCUGGUUUCUUAGUCAUAUGACCUUGAGCAAGUUAUUUUAACCUCUCUGUGCCUCAGUUUGCCCAUCUGUAAAUAGGGGAGAAUGAUAGUUCCGACCUUGUAGGGCUGAUGUGAGGAUUAAAUGCCUACACAUAGAAAAGCCCUGGGUCAUUGUAUAAAUAAAAGCCCUGGGUUCACUGUUAUAGGCCUGAAAUCUUCAUAAGAUGCUAACAAUCUUACGAAAUAAGGUUCUUGCAGUAGAAAUGUAUCUGAUAUUAUGCUAAAUUAACGUUGGAUAUCAAACUUUUACCUUUCAAUCCUCCUAACUCAAUGUCUGUUCCUUCUAUGAUUUCGCUUACCGCACUGUACUCUAAUUACCUGCUCUAUCUGUCCCUCCAGCUAGGCUGAGAGAACAGGGGCUAUGUCUGAAUAAUAAUAAUGGAAAUAGAGAGCUCCUUGAGGCCAGGGAGGCUGUAACAAUUACUGAGGGCCAACUUUGUAGACCGACUUCUAUGCUAGAUGCUUUGUACAUUAUUGUUGAUACUCACAGCAAUCCUGUAAAGCAGAAAUUAAUUCUUCUAGGUUACAUUAAGGCUGAGGGAAUAAAUACCUUAGCAAAGUCCGGAAACUUGGGAAGAAGGGCUUUGAACUCAAGACUCCUUGUCAUCAAGAGCCAUCCACUGGCACUCUACCAUGCUGCCUCUGUUUACCUGCUGUGGAUUCCCAACACCUAGAAGUUUGCUGAGGUAUAGCACACACAUGGCACUUUGUUUGACACAUAAUAGGUGGACCACAAAUAUUUGUUCAGUGAAUAUGUACUUAUAGUUAUAAUUAAAGACACUAAGAGCAACUCCAAGUAUGCAUGUAUUAAUUCCAUUGUUAUCUGGAUAACCACUCAACUUUUCUAUUGGAAACAGCCAUUAAAGAAGCUUGGGGAGAGUUUUCUGUCUACAUUUGGGGCAGAGCUGGUUUCAUAUCAAACAAGGGAUCCAGGUAAUAAGCAUUUCUGAUGAGUUGUUACAAAACGAGAAAAGCACAGUGUAAAUUUCCACUGUUAAUAUCACAAGAAUAACAGGAACAGAUGAAGAGUAAAUUCCUGAAGUUCUGACUUGAGGAAGCAAAGUAAUGACUGGUACAUUCUCUAGAGACUUGCAGACUUUGAGAAAUUUAUCUUGAGAAUGCAUAAAAGAACAGAACUAGCCUCUCAUUGGAUAAUAACUAUCACCUCUUGCUGGCUGAUUGCCCAGACAGUUCUGAACAGCCCUACACAAGUCUCUUCAUUUGGGCUGCAUCAACUCUGGGACCUGAAAAUGGCCAUAUGUUUGCAAGUGAGAAACAGAGAUUUUUCUUAUGAGGUCUUACUGUAGGCAAAUAAUUACAUAAGUUAUCUGCCACAGAAUUUUUUUAAAUACACAUAAUCUCAAUCAUUUCAUUUCUAACCUGUACUUCCAACUGUUUAUGGGUCAUUUCUGCAUGGAUGUCGGAAGUCACCUUAAAUUCAAUGUACCCAUUAUUGAACUCAUGGGUCUCUCCUUGAGCUCCCUAACUUCUUCUCUGUUUCCCCUAUGCCAGUUAACGACUUGCCAUAAUCAUAAUAGCUAACACUUACGGAUUGCUUACUAUGUACCAUUCCUUGCCCUAAUGUUUUGCAUGUACUAACUCAUUUAAAGCCCAUAAGAAACAUUAAAACUACCUACCCCCAGAGUAGAUGCGGUCAUUCUUUAUUUUACAAAUUAAGAAACUGAGUCACAGAAAGCCUACGUAACUCAUUCAAGUAACUAUUAAAGCCAGGAUUCGACUCCUGGCCUUCCAACUCCAGGAGCUAUGUGCUGAACUGCUACUCUUCACUGCUUCACCAAUCAGCAGCUACCCAAAGUCGAAAACUCUUAUCCUUGACUCCUCCUUCCUGUCACCCCAAUUUCCCCCUACAUCUAAUCAGUUGUAAAGUCCUGACAAUUCCAACUCCUCCCUAUGGCUCCUCUCAACCAUGUCCCCUCAACCUGUCUAAUUCUCAAACACACUGUCCCUCUCCAUGCCCACUCUCUCAGGACAUUCCCUUAUCCCAUGUUACCUGGGCUGCUAGCACAUAAAGAGCAAUCGUUCUAAGACACAGAUCUUAUCACUUCAUUUUUGUACUGAAAAUUUUUUCCUGUGGGACCAGAUUCCUUAGCAAUCUUCUCCAUAGGAUCUUCCAAGUCCCACUCCUGCCUGCUCCUUAGGCUCCAGCCACAUGGGAAUACCAUGGGUCCAUGAACCAAGCAAAUCCUUUCUUACUCCCUGUCUUGGCCCAUGCUGUGUUCUCUGCCUGGACUGCCUUUCUCUUCCUUCCAUCUCUGGCUCUUUCAUAUUUCAGGAAUCAGACCAAGCAUCCCUUCUUUGUGUAGGCUCCCCAAACCUCCCACUCCAAGCUAAAUAUACAGCUCCCUAUUUACACUCCUACAGCAUUUAGUACAUAAGUGCCUUGGAGUAGCAUUUAUCACAUUCUAUCAUCAUUACAUACCUGUGGUAUUUUUUUAAAUGUCUCCCCAACUGGCCAAUAAAUUGUUGGGAUCAGAAACCUUUCUUCCCCUUCUGUGUCCACGGUGUCUAAUGACACUCUGAUCCUCAAAAGAUGUUUAUCGGAUUAGUUAAUUAAAUAAUAUGAACAUGAAAAUUAUGCUCACUAGUAGUGAAUGCCAUUAAACCUAUUUCAGAAGCUAAGUGCCAUGUUUGUAACAGGGUAUCUUAUCCUCUCUACAUGUCAUCUUAAUUUCAUGCAUUUGUAA